ACUGAGGCAAAGUUACCACGAAGGGAUUGAACAAGGCACUAGGACCUAGGAGGAGUCUCAUCCACCCUGGCAGGAAUUUCUUGCUUGGAGCUCAGACAACAAAGGCAGAGUGAGCCUGGGUUUCUUUCUCUCAGCAUCUCCACCCUGUGCGCUGCAAACCGCUUCUGAUCUCCAGGGCUCCCCAAACUAUGGAACUUGAUUUUGGACAUUUUGACGAAAGAGACAAGGCGUCCAGGAACAUGCGAGGCUCCCGCAUGAACGGCCUGCCCAGCCCCACGCACAGCGCCCACUGCAGCUUCUACCGCACCCGCACCCUGCAGGCGCUCAGCAACGAGAAGAAGGCCAAGAAGGUGCGUUUCUAUCGCAACGGGGACCGCUACUUCAAGGGGAUUGUAUAUGCCGUGUCCUCCGACCGCUUCCGGAGUUUCGAUGCUCUCCUGGCCGACCUGACCCGCUCCCUGUCGGACAACAUCAACCUGCCGCAGGGCGUCCGGUAUAUAUACACCAUCGAUGGCUCGCGCAAGAUCGGCAGCAUGGACGAGCUGGAGGAAGGGGAGAGUUAUGUCUGCUCAUCUGACAACUUCUUCAAGAAGGUGGAGUACACCAAGAACGUGAACCCAAACUGGUCUGUCAACGUGAAGACAUCUGCCAACCAGAAAGCGCCUCAGUCUCUGGCCAGCAGCAACAGCGCCCAGGCGAAGGAGAACAAAGAUUUUGUGCGUCCCAAGCUGGUCACCAUCAUCCGUAGCGGCGUGAAGCCCCGAAAGGCCGUCCGCGUGCUCUUGAACAAGAAGACUGCCCAUUCGUUUGAGCAAGUUCUCACCGACAUUACUGAAGCUAUAAAGCUGGAGACGGGAGUUGUCAAGAAGCUCUAUACUCUCGAUGGGAAACAGGUGACCUGUCUCCAUGAUUUCUUUGGGGAUGAUGAUGUGUUUAUCGCCUGUGGUCCAGAAAAAUUCCGCUACGCACAGGAUGACUUUUCUCUGGAUGAAAGCGAGUGCCGGGUGAUGAAAGGGAGCCCUGCGGCCGCCACGGGCAGCAAGUCAUCCCCCACACCCCAGAAGAGCUCAGCGAAGAGCCCAGCGCCCAUGCGCCGGAGCAAGUCUCCAGCCGAUUCAGGUAACCAUCAAGACGCAAAUGGGACCUCAAGCAGUCAGCUGUCUACACCCAAAUCCAAGCAGUCUCCGAUCUCCACACCCACCAGCCCAGGGAGCCUCCGUAAGCACAAGGUAGACUUGUAUCUGCCUCUGUCUUUGGAUGACUCUGAUUCCCUGGGAGAUUCCAUGUAAAGCGACAUGAAGCUACUUGUCCAUAUUGCAAGCUAUGGUUAAGAUACAAUAGAGUACUUCUGCCAAAAGAAGCAGAUAGGUGACUGGUGCUUUCAGAUCAGAUAAAGGACACACAGUUAUAUGUCAUUUUUUUUUCUGUGAUUUAUCCUCUGUGCCACAAAUCAACACCUAUCAAUCUAUAGAGAUAGAGGGAUACCAUUCUUCUAAGUAGAGUUAUAGGGAUGCAAAAUGGACAUUGCCAGCAAUUUUAGGCCAGCGUGCCAACAAUCCUGUGCAUUUCUCAUUUUCUUCUAUUAUUUCUUCCUCUGCU